GGUUGCAUUCCAGCUAAUGGACAUAUUUUUAAUGUUCGGAGCCCCUCAAAUUCUUCAGAGUGAUAAUGGUAGUGAAUUUACAGCAUUGGUAAUUUCGGAACUCAAACUUCUUUGGCCUGACCUGUUGAUCGUUCAUGGUAAACCAAGGCAUCCACAGAGCCAGGGAUCAGUUGAACGCCUUAACUGUGAUAUAAAAGACAUGCUUAUUUCAUGGUUAGGGGAUAAUGAUACAAGUGACUGGCCCAUGGGCCUCAGGUUUGUGCAGUUCCAAAAGAACACCAGCUACCAUUCCGGAAUCAAACAAUCCCCAUACAAAGCACUCUUUGGUGUUGAGGCCAGAGUAGGUCUACGCUCAACUGCACUUCCAGAAGAAGUUUUGAAGACAAAUGAUCACCGAAGAGGAUUUACUUGGAGCUUACAGUUUCCCCUCUGACUCUCCUCGUCCAGACGAAUCACCCGAUUCACCUGAAUGCUCUGCUCCUCCAAAUGACUCGCCAAAGGACUUCGCUCAGCCAGAUGGCUCAUCAGAGGCCUCUAACUCUCAUCGUCCAGACGAAUCACCCGAUUCACCUGAAUGCUCUGCUCCUCCAAAUGACUCGCCAGAGGACUUCGCUCAGCUAGAUGGUUCAUCAGAGGGCUCUGCAUCAUCCAGACAGUCCACCCUAUGGUCAGAAUCCUCAAGGAAAACUCAUAAGCUUCAAGAAGACAUAGCACUUCAACGGUCCAGAGCAGCAGCUGGGCCAGUUAGCUCAAGACUGAGCGCAUGGUCAAACGUAGUCGUUUAGAACAUGCCCCAGGUAAUCCAGGAGAUAACGUGACAAUUCCCAUCCCAUUAGUUGAUCGAGGGAAAGGUGAUCCACGAAAUGUUAUCGGGGUUAUUUUAGAUCGUAAUGAAAAUGACAUGUAUCGAAUAGGCGUGAGAGAUGGAAUACUCAAGGGGCGCUAUAGUAGGAGCCAAUUCGAUAUUUGCAGCCAGCAACUGUAUAGUAUUGGUGAAGUAAGUGCAGACAAGGAAAUAGGACUUCGUCAGGCAGUACAGCAAUCGUCUAGGUUUGGUGGUCAAGGUUAUGCUAAGUGCAACUGUACUGUAGGCAAGAAACAGUGUCAAACAAAAUCGCUGUAAAUGUUACAAAGAAGGUUACAAGUGCAAUAGUCGGUGCCACUCUAGCUUAACU